UAAUUUAUCCAAACCAUGUGGGAGGCUAGUGUAAUUUACCCAAGAUAUUUUUGGGGAUUGGAAGAUGGAGGUUUUGGGGGUUUUAGCAGAGCAACUCACAACCUCCCUCUAGGGUUUCUCUUCCACCCCACAUUUCCCCUCAUCAUCUCAUCCCCAGCUCCGCCGUAUUCCGCCACUCUCCUGAAUGCAAACCCCGCCGUGAUGGGCGGCGCGUCGAGGUUCAUCAUGCUUCUCACCACUCCCUUCCCCUUCCUCCUCCAUCGCCCCCGCUCCUCCCUGCUCCGCCUCGCUCGCCACUCUCGCCUCUCCUCCUCUCUCUCUCCUCACUAUCUCACUCCUCAAUUGAGCUUCCCUAUCAAAGCCUCCCAGCAAAUCCACACCCAAACAAGCGCAGUCCGAGAAGACAGAGACAGAGAAUCCCUCGGAUUCUCUCCCAAUGCUCCGGCUUUGCACCCUUGGCCCGAGUGGUCUAAACUUAUUCAUUCACUCUCCGAAAGUGGCUAUUUUGAUCAUCACAGACUCGCAAUUCAAGCAGAGGAUGAGUUUGUGGCGAUUGAGGAAUUCUCAGAUGAAUUCCUCCGUGCCUCGGCUGUUUGUUUGGCUUUUUCUCGUGACCGAUCGGAUCUUUUAGGGUCACUUUCUAGGAGAGAUAUUGGGGUGAUUGUGGAAAAUGGAACACCAUUUCUUUUCAAAAGUGCUCUAGAUACUGCAAGGAGGAUGAGAGCAUUUCUCGGCAUCAGUGCAAUCAAUGCAUUUGAAUCUGACAAAGCUCACACAGUUGAUCUGAUGAAGUAUUUAUUGAGUUAUGCAAGCAAUCCUACUGUUUCUUCAGAAAGAGGCAAUCUGUACCAAGGACAGCUUGUUGAAUCAUCUGUUCGGAAUCUGUUGAGUGAGUUGUCUAGGUUGGGCUGUGGUGUUCCAGCACCAAAGCCUUCUGCGUCAGUGCAACAUCAGUUCCCAGAUGGAUAUGGACAAACUCCAAGGCCUCUUGGACAGAAAAUUGAAAUGAAGAGAGGUGAUUGGAUAUGCCCAAGGUGCAGUUUCAUGAACUUUGCAAGGAACUUUAAAUGCCUUGAAUGUGAGGAGGCAAGACCAAAGAGACAGUUGACUGGUGGGGAGUGGGAGUGUCCUCAGUGUGAUUUCUUUAACUAUGGGAGAAACCUAGUCUGCUUAAGGUGCGAUUGCAAAAGACCUGGAGACGCUUCAUUUGGCACUAGCAAAUCCAGCUCAGCUUCGGAAUAUGCUAAUGGGGUCCAUGCAAAUAAGCCUGAUAUUGAGAGCCGAUUGGCUGCCAAUGAAGAGAAGGCACAGCGGUGGUUUAGUAAACUUUCUCAACUGGACAGUGCCUCUGAUUUGAGCAGCGCUGCAGCUGAUGAAGAUUUUCCUGAAAUCAUGCCUAUGAGGAAAGGGGUAAACAGGUUUGUUGUGAGCACGAGGAAGACUCCGUUGGAGCGUAGGCUGGCUAAUUCUCAAUAUCAAAGAAAUGAUCAAACUGGCAGUGUAAGCGCACCAAUCAGCCAGAGUUUGGAUGAGAUUCUUGGUCGCAAAUCUGCCGUUUCUGAUGUGGAUAAGAAGAAUUUUGCUGAUGGACAAAAUGCUGGAACAAAGAGUUCUCUCUCUGAGUCUAGUUCAGCUUCUCCACAGUAUGGGCACCCCAAGAGCAAUUCCAGUUAUGUUCCAUUUGUGCCAUUACCUGAUGACAUGUUUGCUAAAAAACCUCAGAAGAUGGAGGGUAGUGAGAAGGCGGUGAUGGAAAGCAUUGAAUCUGUUUCUCUGAAGUUCAGUGAGCAAACAAGCACUGUUUCGGCGAGCAAUGAGUCUGGAAAGUUAGUAGACAGUUUGCAGUUAUCUGAAAAGCCAUCAAAUCAGGUUGAAAACUCAGAGCAGCAUGAUGCUCCGGACUUGGCAAGUCCAACUUCAGACGAGGACUUCCCAGAGAUCAUGCCAAUGCGUAAGGGAGAAAAUCAUUUCGUAGUAAGCAAGAAAAAAGAUCGUUCUUUAACUUCUCCUAUGUACAAAAGGAGGAUGGCCAUGGAGCAAUCAGGUAGUACCAAUUUCGUUCCUUUUGUCCCAUUCCCACCUGACUACUUUGCUAAAAAGGACAAACAGCAGCCAGAUGGGGCAGUUUCUACUGCAGAAGAUACAGGUGAAACUUCUUUAGGUUCUACGAUAUCCCAAAACUCGGAAAAUAAUAGACCUUGGGUGUCUGAUAUAAAUCAUGUGCAAAGAAUGGAAAAUCAACAUAACAGCACGAGGAGGCUGAAUUUGGAAUCGUCUGGAGAAAACUUAAAUGAGAGAAAGCCUGGGAUCACUUCUGGGUCAUCAAGCAGUGGAAACUUAACAGACAAUUCCUUCAAGUCAGAGAGUAAUAACCAGGAUGAUUGGAGUACUCAAUUUUCUGGAAAGGAGAGUAGAAUUGAGAGGCCAAAUUUGACAGGGAAUUCAACCCAACAGCCUGAAAAUCAGAAUGUUAGGAGUGGCUGGACAGGAAAGAGCUUGGAGGGUUCGGCAGUGCAGGAACCUGAUCCUUUGGACAUGUCAGAAGAGGCCAAGGCACAAAGGUGGUACCGGCGUGUUGCCCAGAUCAAGGACAUCUCUGAGCUGAGUAAAAUCCCUGAUGAAGACUUCCCAUCAAUAAUGCCAAUGCGGAAAGGAGUGAACAGGUUUGUGGUGAGCAAGAGGAAAACACCUCUAGAGAGAAGGUUGAUAUCUCAGCAGUACAGGAGGAAUCUUCCAAUAGUGAGCUCAGAUCCAGUGAAGAAGGAAAAUGAAGGUAGCUGAAAAACAUAGUAGGUUUUUCAUCUGUGCAAACCUUGUUUGAGUUUUGUAGUAUAUUUUGUUUCUGGUAAACAUUCUUAAGAAAAUGAAAGAGACCCGAAAAAGUCAUUGCCCCCUCUCCCCCCUCUCCCCAAUCCCUUUCCCAGCCACAUUGUAUCAUAAUAACCACAUUUUUAGGUGUGCAACUUUUGGGCGCAUGUUGCUGGUUUCUUACCAUCAUGUUGUUAAUUUUGCAAUUGCAAUGUUUGAUCAUAGCCAUAAAUUUUGCUUCA